AUGGCGAACGUCAAGGUCUUGUGCUUUGUUUUAACUGCGGGUAAACCUUUGACUUGUUCUCUUUUUCGUCACAUUGUGGUGCUGAACAGAGGAUCAAUGUGGAGUCCUAGAUAUUUAAAUCCAACUCUUUCCAAAGAAGAAUUAGCCCAAGAACUGGAUGAAAUAGAUGCAAGAAAAUAUCAACCAAUUAAGGCUGCUCAAAAUAAUCAGACCACAUCUAUAUUCUAUAAUCCUACAAUUGUAUCUAUAAAAUUUACAAACAUGAUUAUGAAGGAUGGAAAAAAGCAAGUAGCUGUCUCAAUUGUUGAUAAGAUGUUAGCAAACAUUAAGACUGUUCAGAUUUUAAAAUACCAUUCAGCCUCCGAUAUAGAAAGCUGGAAUUGUAUUAAAUCCUUUUACAAAGGUGGUGUGCGAUACAAUGUACCUAUUGCUUGUACUGAAUCGAAACAAACAUUUUUAGCUAUGAAAUGGAUUAUCAGCAGUUGUCGAGAUAAAGAACGUAGAAUUCCAGUUUCUGAAAAAUUGGCUACAGAAAUUUUGGCUGCCUAUAAAAAUGAAGGUCGCAGUAUUCACAAGAAGCAAGAUUUGCACAAACAAUGUGAAGCAAAUAAAGCCUUUGCUCAUUUUCGAUGGUAA